AUGGUACUUUCUCUUGCAGAGCUGUUUUCCCGAAGGGUCAAUCCCUGGACGGUGGCGCUGGGGGUGAUCCUGGCUCUCCUGGCUGUUCUGAUUGCCCUGGCCAGUUACUGCUUCUGGAGGCAACACAGAGCGAAAGUUUACGUGACUCUGGAUCCAGACACGGCUCAUCCCAAACUCAUCCUGUCUGAGGAUCGGAAAUGUGUGAGACGUGGAGACACACGCCAGGAUCUGCCCAACAACCCUGAGAGAUUUGAUCUUUGUUCCUGUGUCCUGGGUGCUGAGGGGUUCAGGGGCAGGAGGUGUUACUGGGAGGUGGAGGUGGGAGACAAGACAAGAUGGAUUCUGGGGGUUUGUAGGGAAUCUGUGCGCAGAAAGGGGAAGGUCACAUACACACCUGAGGAUGGAUACUGGGUUGUGCGGCAGGGGGAUGGGGAAUACAAGGCCCUCACCUCCCCCUGGACCCUCCUCCCCGUGAGCAUCAGGCCCAGCCGGGUGGGGAUUUUCCUGGACUAUGAGGCGGGUGAGGUCUCAUUUUACAAUGUGACUGACAGGUCUCAUCUCUUCACUUUCACUGGCACCUUCUCUGGGACGCUCCGUCCUUAUUUCUGUCCUGGUCUCAAUGCUGGGGGUGAAAACGUGGCUCCCCUGAUAAUCUGCCCGGUCCCAGAUCAGGCCGGAGGGAAUCUCUGUCCCUGA